AUGAUAUCAGCCCGUCUAGUCUGGACUUGGUCUGGCGUGCAGCUUUUGCGUGAGCAAAUAUCUCUUGCCUAUGGUUUUUUUCUUACUUUUUUUUUUUAUUCCUCCUUUCGUUUACUGUCAAGUAGUUUAGUCUUUCUUCUCUCCACGUUUUUAUCUAUCUAUCUAUCUAUCUAUCUAUUUAUCGCUAUCACUCUUAUAUAUGCUACAUGUUAUUUGCCAAAACAGAAUCCAACCCGAACCCACACCUCCUCUCGAAUCAAAGAGAAAGGCACAUUUCAGUGUGGCUCAAUGCAGGACAAAGUUAUUUUUAUUUAUUUGUUUUGCGUUUCUUCUCCGCUCUCUGUCUCUGUCUGUCUGUCCGUCUCUUUCUCUGUCUGUGUGUCUGCCUGUCUGUCUGUGUCUGUGUGUCUGUCUGUCAAUCUCUCUCUCUCUCUCUCUCUCUCUCUCUCUCUCUCUCUCUCUGUACGCUCAGUUUUUUAA